AUGAGUAUUAAUGCUUCGAAGCUAAGGUCAUUUGUCUUUCGUGGAGAUAUACAAUUGAUACAUCUUGAAAAUGUCCCUGUUCUUUCCAAUGUUCUGUAUACGCCUAGAGAAUUAGUUCUACAGGACGAAGAUGAUUUUGUCAAUAUUUUUUCGUCUAUUCCUGCUCUUGAUUGUUUCAGCUGGGAUUUUUUUGAGGUCGAUAAUGGAUCAACUGAAGUUAUACCAACAAGGCUUCCAUCAGCUCUUAACUGUCUGAAAUGCCUAUUCAUGUCUUGGAUUACUCUUGGACAGUUUUUUGAGCUUUCGUUUGCUCUUUGCAUAAUACGAAGCUCUCCAAAUUUGGAAGAAAUUGAAAUCAAGGAAUGUAUCCUUAGUGAUGGAGAUUAUUUCGAAUCUGUGCCCCAGAAGGUUGUUGAUGAGAUUCCUGCAAGAUUUUCGGAUAUCACAUUUAAUCAUCUGAGGAAAAUUAAGUUUUAUGAUGUACUAUUAGAAGAGGUUGAAAUGCAGCUUAUCAAGGUUUUAUUGGCAAAGUCUCCAGCAUUGGUGAAAAUGGUAAUCAAGCCUCGUCAAAUGGAAACUAACAAAUCUCUCAACGUACUCGCGGAGAUAACAAAGUUUCAACGGGCAUCAUCUAAAGUAGAAGUUAUGUAUCUUGUUGACUAG